AGAGAGGAAAUGGAAAAUCAAGUGAAGAAUCUUUUUAAAUUAUUUUUUUCUCAUUUUUAUCGAUUGAUGAAGAAGAAGCGUUGGCGGCAGAGGAUUUUGAUCCUCUGUUUGCUAUCUUUCUCUUUAUUUGCUCCAAUGGUGUUGCUUUCUCAGAAACUAAAACCCCUCAAUUCCAUAGGACAAGACGAAUUUAAUGAGGAUUUCGCGAGUGUGAAGUAUAAGACAGAUUAUUUAAGACUGAAUGCAAUUGAACAGAAAGCUUCAGAGGAAUUAAAAGGGCGAAAAAUUAUUGUCUUGAACGAGAAGGAUCAUAGUAGUUCUGUAGCUAGUCACAGUUCUGAUGAGAAUCGUGAUUCAAAUCAAUAUAGGGAUGCUCAACAUGCCUCCAAGUCGUCAAAAGCUAAUGAUUCAGAAAUUAAAGGUAAAGGCGAAGAUAGGCUUCGAAUUCAGCAAAAGGAAGUGCCGAGAAGAUCGAGGAAACAGGAGCAAUUCAAUCGAGAAGCAGGUACACAUAAUCAACACUUGAGGACCCAAUCACGUAGUGUAACGAAUAAGAGGCUGAAGCAGAUGAAUGAGCAGCUCAUUAGAGCAAAAGCAUAUUUAAGUCUUGGACGACCAGGUAGUUACCCUGAAUUGGAGAGAGAGUUGAGAAGGAAAAUCAAACAGGUGGAACGGGCAGUUCGUAAAGCCAGCAAUGAUUCAGACUUGCCAAGGAGUUCAUCGCGCAUGAUAAGAUCUAUGGAGGUUUGGUUGGCUAAAAUGAAUCACACAUUUGCUGACUGCUUCGGAGCGGACAAAACACUUUGUGCUACGGUUAAUGAUACUGAGGAGCAGGUUCAAGCAGAGAAGAAUCAAGGGUCAUAUCUUGUUCAGCUUGCAGGAAGGACCACCCCUAAAGGCCUUCACUGCCUCUCCAUGCGGUUGACAGCCGAAUAUUUUUUACUUCAACCUGAGGAAAGACAGUUUCCUAACCAGCACAAGUUGCAUGAUCUAGACCUUUAUCACUAUGCAGUAUUCUCUGACGAAAUUCUGGCUUGUGCAGUUGUUGUCAACUCCACAACUGCCUCUGCAAAGGAGCCAGAGAAAAUCGUUUUUCACAUAUUGACUGAUUCUCUCAACCUCCCAGCAAUUUCGAUGUGGUUUUUAUUAAAUCCUCCUGGUGGAGCCACGAUUCACGUUCAGAGCAUAGAAAAUUUUAAUUGGUUGUCAACAGAAUAUUAUUCAACAUUGAAGGAAUACAAGUCUGACGAUCCUAGAUAUACUUCCACCCUUAGUCAUCUGCGGUUCUAUCUAGCAGAUAUAUUUCCAUCAGUGGAUAAGAUUGUGCUCUUCGAUCAUGAUGUGGUAGUGCAAAGGGAUUUAACUGCACUUUGGACUGUUGACAUGAAGAGAAAAGUACAUGCAGCGGUAGAGACUUGUCGGGAAAGUAAAGCUUCAUUUCAUUCCAUGAAUUUGUUUAUGAACAUUUCAGACCAAUCUUUGGCGAAGAGGUUUAACUCCAGUGUUUGCACGUGGGCAUUUGGCAUGAAUUUGUUUGAUCUCAAAGAAUGGAGAAGACAAAAUUUAACCAUGCUCUACCAUAAUUACUUGCAACUGGGUCUUAAUUGGCCAUUAUCGGAGGCAGGGAGACUGCCCUUAGGUUGGAUUACCUUCUACAACCAAACUGUGGCUUUAGAUAAGAGAUGGCAUUCCCUCGGGCUAGGUUAUAACCCAGGACUUAGGCGAGACAAUAUCAAGAAUGCUGCAGUUAUACACUAUGAUGGAAUCAGGAAACCCUGGCUGGAAAUAGGAAUUGCUGAAUAUAAAGGCUAUUGGAGCAAACAUUUGCAGUAUGAACAUCCUUACUUGCAACAGUGCAAUAUCCAUGAGUAAUUGAAGAUCACAGCACACAAGUGGAAUUCUUUGAUUCGUUGCCUCUCUCAAAAACUGCUCCCAUUGAUCCCAUUCUUUAACAAUCUUUCAUGUAAAUUACAACUAAUUUUCCUCCCAUUAUGUUCCCGGCCAUAAUCUGUUAAGGGCUUGAUCAAAUUAUGGCAAUCAUCAUGCAGGGAGGCUCCAUCUGCAGGUAUACCUUGUACAUUCCACUACGUUUUUUUUUUUGGCAUAAUGUCAAAU